UCCUUUCUAGAGGAUAAAUCAAAGAAUCCAUGAUGGUAAAUUUCAGCUAACUAUUUCUCUCUUCAUUUUUUUGCAUAAUUAAGAUCUUUUUGCAAUUUCUUUGAUUUUAAUAAUUUAGCUUUUUGUAUGAAUCCUAGAUCUGAUUGAUCUAGAACUUUUGAUUGCUCAUUCCUGUUGAGAAUCUUCUCGCGCAAGGAAUCACGAGUGUGCCAGAGGCUUACAUACAGCCCCACCCUCCAAUCUAUGGCUCGCAGCGUGGCAAUUCGACUCAGAUCCCGGUGAUUGACCUGACGCUGCCCGAGGAGGAGAUCACCGAUGCGAUCGCGAGGGCGUGCAAGGAUUGGGGCUUCUUUCAGGUCAUCUCUCACGGCGUGGCGCAGGAGAUUGUUGAUGGGAUGCUCCAGGCGGCCAAGGAUUUCUUCGAUCUUCCCAUGGCGGUGAGGAUGAAAUAUUUCAGCGCCACGCCGAUCCCCAAGACCACCGGCUACUCGGUCAGAUUCGACAACUCGAGCGUCGUGGAUUGGCGAGAUUUCCUCUUCCAGAGCCUUUGCUAUCCUCCGUGUAGCGAUGCCGUUAAAGAAUCGUGCCCGAGCGAUCCUCCACACUACCGAGAUUCCAGCGCUAGGUACUGCGAGGCGAUGCACGAUCUGGGAAGAAAGCUGCUGAGAUACGUCUCUAGAGGAUUAGGCCUGGAAUCCAACCGGAUCGAGCAAUCCCUAGAGGAACUCCAUCACUCGAUGCUGAUGAAUCGUUAUCUUCCAUGCCCACAGCCCGAGCUCGUGCUAGCGCUGCGGUCACACACAGACCCAAAUGUCAUCUCCCUAUUGGUCGACAAUGGAGUGCCUGGAUUGCAAGUGCUCAAGGACGGCGCAUGGAUCACCGUCCAUUCUUUACCCGGCGCAAUCGUCGUUAACAUGGGAGACCAACUCGAGAUUAUGAGCAAUGGUAAAUACAAGAGCGCCGAGCAUCGCGCGUUGGCCAAUUCUGAUUCCACCAGAUAUUCCAUCGCGAGCUUCUUCGAGCCACCGCCAGCUGGACCGUUGAUCGCGCCCUUCCCCGAGCUUGUCAAUGCCCAGGAGGAGUCGCAGUUUCAAGCCGUGUGCUACCGGGAUUACCUCGCCAUCUUUUUCGCCAAGCAGGCGAGUGGUAAAUCUGUCAUCACCCAGGUAAAGAAGUGAAAAAUAUGUAGCCCUGUCUAUCUGGAUCAGUUGUUUAAAAGACCUUCUUUGACUUUCCAUUUUGUUUAAAAGACCUUCUUUGACUU